UUUUUUAAGUUUCGAUUGACCGAUAGAGAGAAGGUCGCCUUUUAAGUAAUAUAGUUCGAAAUCUUCACUGAAAUUAAAAUUGAAAAUUUGUAGGCUUAGUGUAACAUUGCUUAACAUUUAAGAAAUUUGUUAGUUACUUUGUAAAUUGUAAACGAUAUUGGUAUUUAUAUAAUAAAAAAUGUUACGAACAUUAACUCGGAAUCAGGUGCUUUUAUGUGGAGCCCUUGCAAAGGGUAACCGUUCUAAAAGUGCUGUUCGUUGUUUGAGUAUUUCGGCCGUAAAUAAAUUCCAACAAUUUAAAACUGCAUCCAGAACUACUGCCACAAUAAAACCAACAGUAUGGAGUACAAAUUAUGUUCGCUGUUAUGCCGAUUUACCGUCUCACAUUAAAGUAAAUUUGCCAGCACUUUCACCAACCAUGGAACAAGGUACAAUUGUUAGUUGGGAGAAAAAAGAGGGAGAUAAAUUAAAUGAAGGUGACCUUCUUGCUGAAAUUGAAACUGAUAAAGCAACAAUGGGAUUCGAAACCCCAGAGGAGGGUUAUUUAGCAAAAAUUUUAAUACCAGCUGGUCAGAAAGAUGUAAAAGUAGGAAAAUUAGUUUGUAUUAUAGUUGAAAGUCAGGAUGACGUUGCCGCUUUUAAAGAUUUUAAAGAUGAUGGUGCUGCAGCACCUGCUCCAGCAGCUCCUAAGCCCGCUGCGGCAGCUCCGCCACCACCACCAGCCGCAGCGGCAGCCCCUCCCCCACCUCCACCACCAUCUGCUCCAAGAGCCCAGACUGCGGUUGAACAACGUGGUGAUAGGGUUUACGCAAGUCCUAUGGCCAAAAGGUUGGCUGAAGUUCAACAAAUAAGAUUGGAAGGAAAAGGAAGUGGUAUCUUCGGCUCUAUUAAAUCUACUGAUCUUGCAGGAAUGGCAGCCGCACCUGCUGCUGCUGCAGCCGCUGCACCUAAACCGGUAGCUCCAGCAGGCGGUUAUAUUGAUAUUCCGGUUUCAAAUAUUCGUGGAGUUAUUGCUAAAAGAUUACUUGAAUCAAAACAAACAAUUCCACAUUACUAUGUAUCUGUGGAAUGCAAUGUUGAUAAGCUUUUGAAAUUAAGAGAAAAAAUAAAUAAAAAAUAUGAGAAGAAAGGUGUAAGAGUAUCAGUAAAUGACUUCCUUAUUAAAGCUAUAGCUGCAGCAUGUGUCAGAGUACCCGAAGUAAAUUCCUACUGGAUGGACACUGUAAUUAGACAAUUCUCAAAUGUUGAUGUUUCGGUAGCAGUUUCAACUGAUCGCGGUUUAAUAACCCCAAUAAUAUUUAAUGCAGAUCGUAAAGGAGUUAUAGAUAUUGCUUCAGAGGUAAAAGCUUUGGCUGCUAAAGCUAGAGAUAAUAAAUUACAGCCUCAUGAAUUCCAAGGUGGCACUAUAAGCCUUUCAAAUUUAGGAAUGUUUGGUGUUACAAACUUCUGUGCUGUAAUUAAUCCACCACAAUCAUGCAUUUUAGCUGUUGGUACAACCUCUAAAAAAUUAGUUUCUGAUCCUGAUAACAUUAAAGGUGUUAAGGAAGUGAAUGUAAUGAACGUUACAUUAAGCGCUGAUCACCGAACUGUAGAUGGUGCUGUUGCAGCUGAAUGGUUACAAUAUUUCAGAAGCGUUGUUGAAGAUCCAGCAAAUAUGUUUUUAUAAAACCUUAUUUAAAGUGUAAUUGAAAUAUAUAAGAUAUAUUUUAAAUACAAAACAAUCAAUUUGGAAUACUAAAAGAAUAUAAAUUAGCUGGCUGUCCCAAAUAUUGUAUAAAUGUUAUAUAAAAACAUAAGAUCAAGUUUAUUAAGUGCAAAAUUAAAUAUUAUAUUAUUAUUUAAAAAAAAAAACAUCAUCAAUUGUUAUAUUAAUGAUUUUUUGUUCAUUUCUUAUUUAUUUUUUUUGAUUUUGUAAAAAAAGUAAUCUAGAUUUUGUUUCUUGAAAAACUUUAAAAUAAAUAUAUUUUCUUACCAUAUUCUUAUACCAUCACAUGAUAUUAAAAA